AUGUUUUAAAUCUUUUUUUUUUUUUUGUGAUAGCUAAUCAUAGGUUUGAAUAUGGAUUUGUGAAUCACUUCAGUUACGAAGAAAAUACAAAUUUAAUUUUAUUUUUGAGUCAAACCCCAUUUAGAGAGGAAGAAUAUUUUAAUACUUUUCAAAAGUAAUUCACUUUAGUCCCAGAUGUGUACUUAAAUAUUGCUAACCUUGAUUUGGAAUAUACAUUUCCUUAAGGAUAUUCAUUAGAUAUCGUUAGUGUCAGCACUGUAGGCGAUAGCUUAAUUUAUUUUAUAGGAUUUAAAGUCAAAAUAUUUUGUGAGAGUCCAGAACGAUUUUAUCAAGUUGAAUUUAACAGGUUUGCAUUUAAUGAUGAAAGGGUCUAAGUUUUAAGCAAUUUGAAUAUAACGAAUCCAAAAUCUUCUUACAUUCAUACUUACUAAAAGGAUUGUAAAAUUAAUGUGGCAAUCUCUAAUUUUUUUAGCUAUUACACUCUAAGUCCUUAAUUUAAUAAUUUAACAGUAUAUAAAAUAUAUAAUAGGGAUUAAUAUUAACACCUGAGGCUGUGACUAUAAGUUUUAAUAUAGAAAACCUUUAAUAAAUUGGAUAUCAAAUAUUAUUGAGUAGAUCUGAAAUUUUUUUAAUUGGCCUAACUAUAACAAGCAUAUGAGCUGAUGGAUCAAGUUAAGUUGUAAAUUUACCCUCUGGAUGGGGUAUAAAAAAUUGUUAUUUAAAUCUUUUGGAAUUUAAACAUGAUGGAUCUGAUUUAAAUAUUAGAUAUAAAACACAAGUGACAUAUUAAUCUUAAACUACUGUUGGGAUUAAUCCAUGUAAUCAAUUAAAAUUAUUGUGGGGGGUCCAACUAUUAUCUUAUCCAUAUAACAUAAUCAUUUUUGUAUUAAUUAUCCUUAUUUUGAACUGGCUAUAUUCAAAGGUUUGA